CUCUCUCUCUCUCUCUCUCUCUCUCUAUACAUAUAUUAUAUAUGUAACAUAACAUAACAUAAAUGGGAAGUUAAAAGAAUCACAUUAGGUGUCCGUAUCCCCAAUCUUUCGAUGAUGAAGACUACUAAAAAAACUCGUAACACCUUUUUGAGUCACUUUGUCUUGUUCCUUUCGUGUUUUGUGUUGAUGGAAGUUGGUUUAGGACAAAGCCCGACAAGUGAAAUUAAAGUAGGAGUAGUUCUUGAUCUCAAAACAACAUUUUCCAAGAUCUGUCUCACUUCUAUUAAUAUGUCGUUGUCCGAUUUCUAUGGAGAUCAUCCUAAUUACCGUACAAGACUUGCGCUUCAUGCCAGAGAUUCCAUGGAAGAUGUUGUCCAGGCUUCAGCUGCAGCCUUGGACCUGAUCAAGAAUGAGCAAGUGAGCGCCAUCAUAGGACCAAGAAGCUCUAUGCAAGCUGAAUUUAUGAUAAGAAUGGCCAACAAAUCUCAAGUACCGAUCAUCACAUUCUCAGCAACAAGCCCUCUUUUAACGUCCAUCAAGAGCCCUUACUUUUACCGUGCCACUCUCGACGACUCGUGCCAGGUGGAAGCCAUUGCGGCCGUUGUUAACUCCUUUGGGUGGAGAAGCGUCGUGGCCAUUUAUGUGGACAACGAGUUAGGUAAAGGAAUUAUGCAUUCAUUGUCAGAUGCUUUGCAAGACGUGGAAGUCCACAGAAGUGUGAUCUCUACGGAGGCUAGCGAUGAUCAGAUUCUAAAGGAGCUUUAUAAGCUUAAGACAAGACAGACAAGGGUAUUCGUUAUCCACAUGGCCUCAAGACUCGGGUUCCGGGUUUUGCAGAAAGCUAGGAAGAUCGGGAUGUUGGAGAAAGAGUAUGUCUGGUUACUAUCAAAUGGAAUGACGAAUAUGAUGACACAUGAUGGUCGUAGCUUAGAGACUAUGCAAGGCGUGCUAGGUGUGAGGAAUCAUGUCCGUAAAUCAAAAGAGCUUGAAGAUUUUCGUUUGAGAUGGAAAAGAAAGUACCAGAAGGACAACCCAUCGACGAGGGAUGAUGUAGAGCUGAAUGUUUUCGCAUUAUGGGCGUAUGAUUCGAUCACUGCAUUGGCCACAGCCGUGGAGAAAACCAACACAAAUAACAUGAGGUAUGAUAACUUUAGCGCUUUGUCAAAUAACACGACAGAUCUUGGGACCUUAGGGGUCUCUCUCUACGGUCCAAGUCUUCUGGAGGCUCUCUCCCGUGUAGAAUUCAAGGGUCUAGCAGGAGAGUUUAGUCUCGUUAACAGGCAGCUCGUGGCAUCAACUUUUGAUAUCAUCAAUGUUGUUGGAAACGAAGAGAGGAUAAUCGGAACAUGGACACCAAGAGAUGGACUUAUGAAUACAAAUUCAAAGAAAACUACGUUGUUUUCAAACGAAAGGUUGGGGCCGGUGGUAUGGCCCGGGAGUUCGUAUGGUGUUCCAAAAGGUUGGGAGGUUCCAACGGACGGUAAGAAAAUUAAAGUAGGCGUUCCCGUAAAGCAAGGCUUCUUCAAUUUUGUGGAGGUCACGACAAAUCCGAUCACUAACGUAACAACCGCAAAGGGUUACGCCAUAGACAUCUUUGAAGCUGCUCUUAAGAAGUUGCCAUAUUCAGUCAUUCCUCGUUACUACCGUAUCGAGUCUCCAGAAGAUAACUACAAUUAUUUGGUCCACCAAGUCUAUGACGGGACGUUGGAUGCAGUUGUUGGAGAUAUAACCAUAACAGCAAAUAGGUCAAUGUAUGUUGAUUUCACCUUACCUUACACAGAGUCUGGAGUAUCUAUGUUGGUGCCGCUCAGGGACAACGAAAACAAGAACACAUGGGUUUUCCUGAAACCAUGGAGCUUAGACCUAUGGAUCACCACCGGUUGCUUUUUCGUCCUCAUCGGUUUUAUUGUGUGGCUGUUCGAACAUAGAGUCAACUCCGACUUUCGUGGACCGCCUCACCACCAGAUUGGCACCAGUUUCUGGUUCUCUUUCUCCACUAUGGUCUUUGCUCACCGCGAGAAGGUGGUGAGCAAUUUAGCAAGGUUUGUGGUGAUCGUCUGGUGUUUUGUGGUGCUUGUGCUCACUCAGAGCUACACAGCGAAUCUCACCUCUUUCCUAACGGUACAACGUUUAGAACCAAGAGCGACAAGUGUGGAAGAUCUAAUCAGAAAUGGGGAGUCUGUAGGUUUCCAACAUGGGGCUUUUGUUAAAGAUACUCUAAAAGGUCUAGGAUUCAAGGAAUCACAGCUCAAGUCUUUUGGUUCUGCUGAAAAAUGCGACGAGCUUUUGUCCAAUGGGACAUCGAAAGGUGGUAUAGCAGCAGCUUUCGACGAAGUGGCCUACCUUAAGGCUAUCCUUUCUAAGUACUGCUCCAAAUAUGCAAUAGUUGAACCGUCCUUUAAGACUGCUGGUUUUGGGUUUGCAUUCCCAAAGAACUCGCCUAUGACAGGAGAUGUAUCAAGGGCUAUUUUGAAUUUGACACAAGGUGAAGAAAUGGCAGGCAUCGAGAACAAAUGGUUCAACCGUCUCAGCCUCGCUAGUGAAUGUCCUGAUCCAAAGACUGCUCUUUCAUCUAACCGUCUCAGCCUCAGUAGCUUCUGGGGUCUAUUUCUAAUAGCAGGCAUUGCUUCAUUCCUGGCAUUUCUCAUCUUUGUAGGCCACUUCUUGUACGAACAUAGGCACACGCUCUGCGAUAAUACCGAAGGUUCCUUGUGGAGAAAGCUAACGUCUUUGCUCAGAACCUUUGAUGCGAAAGACACAAAGUCUCAUACUUUCAAGAACAGUGCCGUUCAUAAUGUGAGUUCACCUGUUACUCAGUGUACUCCGAGCCCUUCAACUUUGCAGAUGAGACCAUGGCCACGAAGUAUGUCAUUAAACAGGGAGUUUGAGCUAAGACGAGCCUCUUUUUUCAUGAGUGAAGAACGUCUCACCACGCAAGCGGAACAUAAUAAACAUGGAGAAUCUGAUAUUGAAUCUGGAUCUGAACGAUAGCUAGAGAGUUAGAAAAAAUAUGAUUUUCCUUUUAUUUAAAGGUUAGAAAACAAACUCACCCAACAAUUUGAACCAAUCGGAUCUACAAAGCUAAUUGGGCCGUCGCUCAAGGUCCACUGUUUAGAUACGACCACUACAUUAUUUUACAAAUAUAUUUCAUUUUUUUAGUAUAUGUAUCAAUUCUGCUGUGUUUUGAUAAUGUUUUUCCAUAAACACCAAUGCUUCAACUUUUAUUAGAAUCUGCAAACUUCCGCCUAAAAACAAUACAUUGAUAUGCUAAUGCUGUUUCCAUUACCAUUCAUCCGUUCCAAUUCCAAUCAUUCUUUUAUUUUGAAAACGAUCAAUCAUAAUACAAGCUUCAAAGUUUUACAGGUGACAAACGAUUUCCAUAAUUCAAAAUUAUUAUAAUCUAACAUUAAAAUUUUCCUAAUUGUUUGUAUAUAUUUGUGUGCACUUAUCUGUAUUAUGAAUAUAAACCACUAAAUUAAAAGCAAAACAAAAUUUCCAAUCAACUAAAUUUUCUAAUCAACUAGAUUUCCGGAAUUUCAUGCAUGCCAAUAAUAUUCUAAAACAUAAAUACCGAUCUUUUCGAAUCAAUAACCAUAUAUAUCUAAUUACUUUAAUAAAAAAUCUUAACUUUACUCAAAUAAACUAAAAUCUCGAUAAGUAGUUAAAUUAAGAAAACUGAAUAUCAUGAUUCUUCGGAAAAAAUUUAGAACACUUCCAUGCUAAUAAGUGAUACAUCAUACUGUCACUUACUACCUUAUACAACUCUGGCUCUUUUGUCUUGUUAAAUUUUUUCGCAUUUAUAAAAUUGUUAAUAUCAUCACCAGUAGGUUGCUUUUUCAAAAAAAAAAAGAGAGUAAAAUAUGUGCAUGCGGUAGACCUCUUUUCUAAAAUUCAAUGGGAUACAUUGCUGUGAAUGUAAAAUAAAAAAAAUAUAUAUUUAAAUGAUGAUAUUGCUAACGUAAUAUAAUUGAAAAUAUUUCUUAUUAGGGUUGACAUUAGUUAGUACAAGAUGUAGUUUUUCCUAAAACUUUGUCUUUUUCUGGUUAACUCAGUCAUGAGAUCAUCAAACUUAAUUUUGAAAAUUUUAGAAAUGAUUUCGAGACCGAAGAAAUUUAUUAAUGUAUAGUGUUUAUUUCUCCUGUAUACUACAUAUAUUUAAGAUUUACCACAAAAUCUUUGCUGUUUUAUUAUCCUCUCUUUGCAGCUAACCAUAUUUAAACUUUCAACCUAUUUUUAUCGUAUUCAUUUCUCUUUUUAUUCAUGUCAAAAUAAAAACCAAAUCUUUAAUAUGGAAGUUUCAUGAUUGAAUCCUUAAAUGUAAAAUUUAGUUAUGUGAAUUUUUGGGUGCGAUCAUACCAGCACUAAUGCACCGGAUCCCAGGAAGUCCUCGUGUUGCACCCUUUUUUAUUAAAUUGAUCAAAAAAAAGUUAUGUGAUUUUUUAUAAUUUUAAUUAUAUUAAACAAUUUGAGAACAUGAAUAAUGAUCCGAUUACAAGCGGAGUCACACAAAAUCACACAAAUCAACUAUCUCCUAUCUACCUUCGCUCAAUCCAUAUCAUCGGCGCGUUCCGCUAGACCGCAUUUAGUAUCAUUGCGUAUCGAUUACCGUAUUAUACCUUGACUCAACUAUCGAAGUUAUAUCUCACUUAAUAUGUAAAUUUCUUACUUCUGGUAUAAUGCACUUUUCUUGCCCAAAGGAUGAUUAUGCAGGUAUACAUAAGGACCAGGAGAACGUGGGUUCAAGGUUAAAACAAGAAGAAAUCAUCAGUGAACCAGACCCGCAAUAAGGACUUAAACCAGUCACUAGCGAUCUAUUGAAACUAGGAGAUGUUUCGGUUCAAGCACAUGAGAAGGUACAAAAUAAUUUAAAUAAAUUAGUGUUCUCUUGUUUUGACUCUUCCAGGACUGCCAUGAUAUGCUUGUCUAGUCCCAAAAUGUAUGAAACAUGUACAUCAUUUAGCAACAAACCUAUGAAGCAAAAUAAGGUGGUCUUAAAGACAGAUGACAAGGCACCACCAAAGGAGCAUUCUUGGCUUAAACACUCUCUGGAAAAGAUGGCAUUAGAACCAGCAGCAUCUUAAUUCAGGAAGAACCCCCAGACCAGUCAUCAAACAGACAGGCUGUGCCAUUAGAUGCACCAAUCAAGCGUCCAAAUCAGGUAAGUGCGACUAUUCCUUGUUUGAUAAUCAAUGAAUUGGAAGUUGUGCAUACUGGUUUAUUAUGCCCUGAAGAGUUUGAAGAAAGACUAGGAUGUCUAGAUCAUAAUUCUUGUCUUCGAUCACACUUAGAAAAGAAGCAAGAAAUUUUUCCAUCUGUUGAAAUUGAAAUACAUCGAACUGAUUUAUAUUCUGAUUAUUCCAUGACUGCCAUAACACACUUGUCUCUAGCCAAAGAUGUUGAGUUUAUGACAGGAACCAAAGCUGAAGAUUUUAGAGGAGAUCUGUCCAAGACCAAGAUCAAACCAGACCGGACCGGAGGGGUUAUCAUAUCCUACCUGUUCAAAGAAGAACAACCAGAUGCACCAUGCAUCACUAAACCAAAAUCUUACCACAGUAAGACGGGGGUGUAUUCAAUAUAAUAUUUGAGGUGAUUUGACUUUUAAUAGAGUUUUAGAUGAUUUUAAUAAGUUGCAGAGAUUUAGGUGAUUUAUGUUAAACCACUCUAGAAUAUAACUUAAAACCAUGAGAUUUGGGUUUUAAUUUUUUUUUAACUAAGAAACUCCACCUAAACACCCUAAAAUCACCUGAAAACUUUAAAACUCCACAACUUAAAAUAUUUAUAAAAACAGUGGAUUUUAGAGUACUUUACGAAAUGUUAAGUUCAAUAACAGUGGAUUUAAAUGAGUUUUUAACAUUAAUGUUUGAAUAACAUUGAAUUUGUUAUUUUAAUACAAAUCACCUAAAAUCUUCAGUUGAAUACACCCCCUUAGACUCCCAAAGAGAAUGAAAGCUGACUUGAUCUGUCUUGGUGCAGGUUAUCCAGUUUUGAGGUCGAAACCUUUUCAAGGGGGAGGAAAUGUUGUGGGCACAGAAACCAUACCUGAACCGAAGCUCAGCCAGACAAACAACAACUGCAACAACUGCCUCAAUAGAGCUACCAGCCACAGAGGUUCAUUCCAAAGAGUGCAUCUCAACAACCAGAAGAAAUAUUGGCAUUAAACCAAUUUUCACGGAAGGUAAACUCAACAAUUCAUCACUGAGGCUUGGAAUUACAAGAAAAGCUUCACGGAGAAAGAAGUUAUGGAUUUUAAAACUGGAGGUUUCCCAGACCGUCCAGUUGCUAGUAUCAGCUCUUAGAAGUGGAUUUAAGCCCAAUCAUGAAGCGGCCCAAGCCAAACUCAAUUAUGGACUUCAAGAGGGAUGUUUUGUGGAUCCAACAAGCCAAGAAUCAUGAGGAAAAGCCCAGUGAAGUUGAAGAUAUAACAAUUUUCUUAAACCGGUUAUAAGGAGAGAGUUAUGGAAAGAUUGGGAAAUCAAUUCAGCCAACAAUCUCCAAACCAAGAAUACUCAACCAAGGAAGCUUCCACGCGAUCCAAGACAUCCAGAGGACACAUCCAACGAUCCAGAAGAGCCUUACAUCAUUUUACCAUACACCAGCAAGUAUUAGAACAAGAGAAUCUUUAUUUCGGGUAACUUGCCUUUUUCGAAAUCAUUCUUUCUUGGAGGAAUUAAGGAUCAACGGCUCUUUCCCUUCCAACCAGAAGAUACCAAGAUAAAUGUGAGUUUAUUCAACAAUCAUAGACUCCUAUUUCGUGGAUACAAAACCAAGAUAUCAAGAUACAAGAUCAGACCUUCCAAAUGGCUACAAAUCAGCCUAACGGCUAGUUCAUUGAAGACAAAGACCAUCAGCUUUAUUUUUUUGUAUUUUCUUUCCUUUCUAGAGUAUUAGAACGUUAUAGUUUAUUCUUGUUCCUUACAAAGAAGAAAUGCAUGUGCUCGGCUGUAGAUGGGUGUUUCGAACUCAAUUAAAUGCAGAUGGAACUCUAAAGAAGAGGAGAUCUAGACUUGUUGCAAAAGGCUAUGAACAAUCUGAGGGGAUUGAUUACCUUGAUACCUAUAGUCUGGUGGUACGCACUGCAACCAUACGACUGGUUCUUCAUACAGCUACGGUGAUGCAAUGGGAAAUCCACCAGUUCGAUGUUCAGCACGUGUUCCUCCAUGGUGACUUGAGUGAGACCGUUUACAUGAGGCAGCCUGCAGGCUUUGUGGCCAAGGAUCAUCCUGAUCACGUGUGCCUUCUUCGCAAAGCCAUCUAUGGUCUGAAACAGGCUCUCCGAGCUUGGUUUGACAAAUUCAGCACGUUUCUCUUGGAGUUUGGCUUCACUUGCAGCUUCUCUGAUCCUUCCAUGUUCAUCUGCAUCAAAGACGAGAACAUCAUUAUUCUCUUGCUUUAUGUGGAUGACAUGUUAGUAACAGGGAACAACUAAAAAGCUACUUCAAAACCUACACGAUGCUCUCAACACUCAGUUCAAAAUGAAAGAUCUGGGUCAGCUAAGCUACUUUUUGGGAAUUCAAAUAGGUUGUUCAUGUCUCAGCAAAAAUAUGCCGAAGACCUACUAGCAGUGGCCCAAAUGGCAGACCGCAGUCCUAUGCCCACACAUCUACCUCAUGAUCUAAAUCGAGGAACUCCAAAAGAUGAACUAUUCUCAAAUCCCACCUAUUUUCGCAGUCUAGCUGGUAAGUUACAAUACUUAACCUUGACCACACAUGACAUACAAUUCGCAAUGAAUUAUGUAUGUUAGAAGAUGCACUCCCCUUCGGUCACUGACUUAACCACCUUAAAAGGAUCGUAAGGUACGUUAAAGGGACUGUCACGAUGGGUGUGUCUUUCUCACGACAUACUGAUUUCAGUGUCACAGCCUUCAGCGACAGUGACUGGAGAGGCUGUCCCUCUACCAGCAGAUCAACUGAAGGAUUCUCUACUUAUUUAGGAUCUAAUAUUGUAUCGUGGUCAUCUAAGAAGCAAUCUACUAUCUCUAAGAGCUCUACAGAAGCAGAAUAUCAAUCUCUAUCAGAGACAAGAUCGGAGGUUACCUGGCUGUGUCUCGUGCUUAAGGACCUCGGAAUCCCUCUUUCUACUACGCCUCUGAUGCUCUGCGACAAUCUCUCCACCGUGAUGCUUGCAGUGAAUCCUUCGUUCCACUCCAAGACUAAACACUUCACCAGAGACCACCACUACAUCCGUGAACGUGUGGCUCUGAAAGCUGUCAAAGUCAGGAACAUCUCAAACAAGUUUCAGGUCGCCGAUAUCUUUACGAAGUCAAGCCGUACCUGCAAACAAGACAAAGAAGACAUUAAAGCUCCCAACGUUAAAGACCUGUAGGCGGCGUCCGUAAAAGCAAACUCAAGCUCACAGACAGCUCAUGUGAUUGCAACGGCUAAUAAAUUCCAAGCUCUAUGUGAUGAGCUGGCAGAGACAUCUUAAACCCUAGUAGAAUUCUCUAUAUAAGCAAUUGUAAACAAAGAACAAUGCAAGAGAGUUUAUGAAAUAAGAAAGUUUUACCUCUUCACCUCUGUUAAGCCUCUGCUUUCACACCAAACAGAACCAUGAGCAGAGCACCAUUGAAACAAUCAAGACUGCUUCUCCGGGAGCUGAGAACCGGUGCCGUGUAGAAAAGAAACAGAGAGAAGGAAACCGUCAGAGCUGUAACGGGGAGGCUAUAGACGACCCCACCGAACAACAACGCCUCUUGUCUCCACGGGCCUACGCUUGGAGGACCGACACACGCCGCUACACUGAAGCUGAGCUCGCCUCCGAAGAAGAAAACACUCUGGAGCUCUCUAGAGAAAGGUAUGAGGAAUCCAAGAUUAUUGAGAACAAUACGUUUGUGAUCAGUUUCCAACUAGAUUCUGAUAAACUAUAAGGGGUAAAUUAGGUGGGCUUACACAUUGUUGCAUGUUUUUCGGCAUUCAAUUAAAAUGCAAAGUAACUAUUACAUUGUGUCAUUCAGUGUGUAAGAGUAUUUUACAGGAGAAUUUUUUUAUUAAGCACACACUUAAGCUAGUUUUAAAGAGACAACAUAAGGAAAAGAGAGAAAAGGACGAGUCAGUGAAGGAUUAGCUCGCUAUAGAUCACUAGCUGAUAUGUUCACGGCCACCACCAACUGUAGUCCAUUGCAUCUCGUUCUUUGACCUUUUGAGUUGGGUUGAGUGGCUUUUCUUGUAAGAAACUCUGAGCAGAAGCGGUCAUGUCUGCAUGCAUUGCAAGGACUCUGUUUCAGGAGCAGACUCCCAUAGCUCGAAUAACGCAAACCCGUGAUCACACUGCUACUCCGGCGGACCGGCCAUAUCCAUUUCAUCCACAACCACAGCUUCAUUUGGAGGGUUUUAUGUAGUAUGUAUCAUUGACUUCCGAGACAAGAUAAUUUUAGGAUAGAUCUUCCCUCAAUGAACAGUGGCUAUUUGGGAGGUUGGCAAUCUUAUUAAAAGCUAGUACUUUCUGUGGGUGCAACCUCACAAAUAUGUGCUUGUGUAGCUAAAACUUCUGUAUUUUCAUUGAUAUUGCUUGGAAUAUUGCUCUAACAAGAGUAGCCUUUGAAUUUAAUGUGAUCAUGUUUAAGCUAUAUGAGAAACAACUGUCUUUGAAACCAAAUGCUACACUUAGUUAUUCCUCAUGGACAUGCACUUUUUUGGGACUCAAAUAAAAAAAAAGAAGACGAGAUUAUUACAUAACCAGUUCGAGAUUCUUUCUCUGACCAGUUGGAAACCCCACCGCAGGUCUAAGUUCUAAACCAUGUAUGCACAAGUGACGAAGGAUCGGAU